CUCCGAUUUGGCAACCCUAUUUUUAUAUCCACGUGAAGUAAUCUGGUGAAACUGCAACAUCUGUCGUCUGCAAUUUCCUAAAAUUCCAAAAUAAGUAGUUUGUGUAAAUAAAUUUUUAUAAAAAUCAUCGAAAAACAUAAAGCAGUAUGUCGAAAGCCAAGGGCAAAAAGAAAAACGAUCAUUUAGAAGACGAUGAAGAUAUAGAGGAAGUAAAGACAGCGUCGAACAAAAAGGCUGGUAAAAAAGGAAGAAAAGGUAAACGUGGCGGUGAUUCCAGCGACGACGAAUCGUUAGCAGGCAAGAAAGUUACCACCAACGAUGCUGAUGAUUUAGAAAGCGUUAAGUCGGGAAGUAAAGCUCCGCAAUCAAAAGGCAAAAAGGGAAAGAAAGGCAAGCGGAAAGACGAGUGGAGUGAUGACGAUGAUGAACCAGAACCCAUCGUACAACUUGGUGGCAAGAAAAAGGGAUCAAUAAUUCAAGCCAGCGAUGAAGAUGAUCCCAGCGUACCGCAACCAGCAGCAAUCGCGAAAAAGCAAGGAAAAAAGAGCAAGAAGAACAAAAAGAAGGAUGACUUCAGCGAUGACGAAGAUAGUGGCAAUCAGAAGCCGAAAUUUCCUGAAUUGGUAGAUGACGGUGAUUCGGAUGAUGAAGAACUUUUAGUCGCAAUUGCCAAACCGGCUUCAAAAAAAUCAGUCAAGAAGCAACAGAAAAAAGCAAACAAAUUUGCAAUAAGUGAUGAUGACGAAGAAGAAGAAGCUGUAUUAUUGGAAGAACAAUUAGAAGAUGAAGCUAGUGAAGAGCCUGAGCCAGAGCCAAAAACAAUUAUACCAAACAAUGAAAAGGAGGUAGAAAUAUCCGAAAUAAAAGAAGUUAUGGAAGUCACGGAAAAAAUUGAGGAGCUGCAGAUAGAAAGUAAUGUGCCUUUAGAAGAAACUCUGGAAGAGCAAGUAUAUCAAGAGGAGAAAAACAAGGAUGCAGAUAAAGAAAAUAACACAGAGUCAACCCUUAAGGAGAAAAAGCUUACGCAUAAGGAAAAGAAGAAACAAAAGAAGCAACAGGAAUAUGAGAAGCAAAUGGAGCUAAUGACAAAGAAGGGUGGGUCUGGUCAUUCCGACUUGGAUAGCAAUUUUACCAUGUCUCAAGUGCAGCGCACUGCUGGUCAGCAAGCACAAUUGGAGCACGCCGUUGACAUCAAAAUUGAGAAUUUUACGAUCUCGGCUAAAGGUAAUGACUUGUUUGUAAACGCCAAUCUUUUGAUUGCUCACGGACGUCGUUAUGGUUUAGUAGGCCCUAAUGGGCAUGGCAAAACCACCCUUCUCCGGCACAUAGCCACACGUGCCUUCGCUAUUCCGCCAAACAUAGAUGUGCUGCUCUGUGAACAAGAAGUAAUUGCUACUGACAAAACAGCCAUUGAAACAAUACUAGAGGCUGAUGAGAAAAGAAAUAAGCUUUUGGCAAAGUGUAAAGAGUUGGAGGAUCAAUUUGCUGCUGGCGAUAUGAGUGUUCAAGAGGAAUUGAACGACACAUUUUCCGAGCUAAAAGCCAUUGGCGCAUAUUCGGCGGAAUCCCGUGCUCGUCGUAUCUUGGCUGGUCUUGGUUUCAGCGAAGAAAUGCAAAACCGCCCGACAAAUAAGUUUUCCGGUGGCUGGCGCAUGCGUGUUUCGUUAGCGCGAGCACUUUACUUGGAACCAACCUUACUUAUGCUUGAUGAACCUACUAACCAUUUGGAUUUGAACGCUGUAAUCUGGUUAGAUAAUUAUUUGCAGGGUUGGAAAAAGACGCUUUUAAUAGUUUCCCACGACCAGAGUUUCUUAGACAACGUAUGUAACGAAAUAAUACAUCUCGAUCAGAAGAAACUGCAUUACUACAAGGGUAAUUACUCCAUGUUUAAGAAGAUGUAUGUUCAAAAGCGGCGCGAAAUGAUAAAGGAAUAUGAGAAGCAGGAGAAACGCUUGAGAGAACUGAAAGCUCAUGGUCAAUCAAAGAAAGCAGCUGAAAAAAAGCAGAAAGAAGUUCUCACCCGAAAACAAGAGAAAGGGAGGCCUAAGCAGCAGAAGCAAGAUGACGAUGAUGGGCCUCAGGAACUAUUGGCUCGUCCAAAAGAGUAUAUCGUCAAAUUCCGCUUUCCAGAACCGUCACAGCUGCAACCCCCUAUUUUGGGAAUACACAAUGUUACUUUUGCUUAUGAAGGGCAAAAGCCACUGUUUGUCAAUACAGAUUUCGGUAUAGACUUGACAAGUCGAGUGGCCAUCGUUGGGCCAAAUGGGGUGGGCAAAUCUACGUUCCUUAAAUUGCUACUUGGGGAAUUAGAGCCACAAAAAGGAGAGCAACGCAAAAAUCAUCGGCUUCGAGUCGGUCGAUUUGAUCAGCACUCUGGUGAACAUCUAACUGCCGAGGAGUCCGCCGCAGAGUAUUUGCAACGCCUUUUCAAUUUGCAACACGAGAAGGCGCGCAAGGCGUUAGGUUCGUUUGGUUUGGUGAGCCAUGCGCAUACUAUAAAAAUGAAGGAUCUCUCCGGUGGUCAGAAAGCGCGAGUUGCCCUCGCUGAACUCUGUCUAAGUGCGCCCGAUGUGCUGAUUCUCGAUGAACCUACGAACAAUCUCGACAUUGAGUCUAUUGACGCCUUAGCAGAAGCCAUUAACGAGUACGAGGGUGGUGUAAUUAUAGUAUCUCACGACGAACGGUUGAUUCGUGAAACUGGCUGUACAUUGUACGUAAUUGAAGACCAGACCAUUAAUGAAAUCGAUGGUGAAUUUGAUGACUACCGUAAGGAGGUGCUGGACGCGCUCGGCGAAGUGGUCAAUAAUCCGAGUGUUGUGGCUAACGCAGCCGUGUUGCAAUAAUUAAACACGUCUUUGAUUAAGAUAUUUGAAAUUGUUUUGUAUGCAUUCUAGUGCUAGAUUGAAAUUAUUUAAAAAAAUAAACCGUUAAAGUUGAUUUAUGAAGAAGGGGCUUUGGUCGAAAUACAUGAUGCAUUGUACAUAUGUAUGAAACAAAUUUAAAUUUGCGCGGAUAUUUGAAAAUGAAGAUGCACACGUCACUUGAAUAUUCGUAUGCUCAUAAUUGCGGUAAAUUGGCAUUUUUUAUUUUGUAUCGGAUAUACCGAUCGAUCUCUAUUUGGACAGGUAAACAAAGUUUUGCACACAACCCGACAUAAAAUUUAUCCGUUGCACACACCAAUUCAAGGCGUAUUUACACCAAAUUGUAUUUAAGUGGAUGCCAUCCUUUCUAAUGCCACAGAAGAGGCACA